CAAGACUUCGUGCCUUCACAGUGAGCUUGAUGUAUAAGGACGGUAAUCGACAUCUAAAUUCCGAUACAUUACAUGCCGACGCUCACUCGGCUACCUGUUGCAUUGGUAGACAUUUCACUGGGAAAGUUGCUCAUUUCAACAGUCGUGUGGAUGUGUUCUUCAGAAACCAUGUCGGAUACCUGCAGUGAUGACAAGCGAUCAGGCGCCUCCUCUAGAAGGAGUAACAAACCGCUCAUGGAAAAAAGACGGCGAGCUCGGAUAAAUGAGUGUCUCGGGCAGCUGAAAUCUCUUGUCCUACAGGCUCUGAAGAAAGACAGCACGCAAUAUUCUAAACUGGAAAAGGCCGACAUCCUGGAGAUGACCGUGAAACACCUGAAGCUACUCCAGCGACAACAGAUAGCAGCGGCCAUGUCCUCCGAUCCGUUCCUGAUGGGAAAAUAUCGAGCUGGAUUCAACGAAUGUGCAGGUGAAGUCGCCAGAUACCUCGAUGCUGUUAGCGUCAAUCAUGACGUCAAGUCACGCGUUCUCAACCACCUUGCCAACUGUGUGUCUCAGAUCCCACCCGAGGCCCAAAUCCACCCGGCCCACCUACAAGCCCUCCACGUCAUCCCUCAAGCCAGCCAGCCUGCGUUCCCCGUCAACAGCCUUGGCCCGUGCACGCCGGUGUGGAACAUCGUCCCCUCGUCCGUCACUCACCAGGUCCACAGUCAACAUGCUCGUAUAAACGUUUCCCCAUAUUCCAAAAUGGACCGGCCCAGGUUUACACCGUCUCCAGAGAGUAGGUCUCUCCCUGAGAGCCGUUCCUCCCCAGAUUCAUCACCUGUGUCUUCCCCGGACUCAAAGAGUGACAUAGACCUUUCCUCAAGACGUCAGUGUGAAAUGUAUACACCUCCACACGUAUCUGCGUCGCCAUCUUUGAUUUCCGUGAAAAGAGAAAGGGAGACAACUCCGCCCCGACAAGAACUUGAACAACAGUUGGAAGUCGAGGGUGAUAAAAUGUGGCGACCCUGGUGAUGAAAACAGUUUCUAUAAAACAAGAUCACUGACUUAAUAUGCAGGUUUUAUCACAGCAGGGAGGUUGCACGUCUUUCACUUCAGUAAUAUCAUUGUCACACCGACACACACGUGUAUAUAAUAGUGAUAUCAUUGUGUCACACACAAGUGCCUUGUAUAUCCGCGAUAUUGUUCUACACACACGUUCCAUGUAUAUCCGUGAUAUCAUUGUGUCACACACACGUGCCUUUUAUAUCCGUGAUAUCACUGUGUCACGGACAUUUUGUGCCAGGUAUAUCCGUGAUAUCUUUGUGUCACACACGUGCCUUCAAUAUCCGUGAUAUCACUGUGUCAGGGACAUUUUGUGCCACGUAUAUCCGUGAUAUCUUUGUGUCACACACACGUGCCUUGAUUAUCCGCGAUAUCUGUCACUUCCACAAAUUCACGUGCUUCGUAAAUAUUGGUGACGUCACUUUUUCCACUUACCCACGUGUCUGCCGCCAGAGGGGGUUGGUUGGCUGUUGACUUUAUGGAAAGGGAAUAUUCCAAGUGCUCUCUGAGUGUAAGCUCAGAUAAUUGUGUCAAAUUAAACCACCAUUUGAAAUG